AAACUCAUCUUGUUUAUUUUCACAGUGAACAUAAACAGAAAGGCCUAGUUUGAAAACUUCCUGAUAAAGAAAUGGCUUUUUCAAUGAACAUCUGUAUUUGGAUUUCUUUGUGCUUUCCAUUUUCCUGCGGUUAUAUUCGAUUUUAUAAGGUUCCUUCAGUCUACCCUGUUGGAGAAAGCAACGUGUCUUUUGUAUGUUCAAACUGGUUUUAUGCUAUACGGGAGCUAAACAAUAUGAGCCUGUAUAUUCAAAUCCGGAGAAAUGCAAAUGAUAACUGGACCUCUGUUGUCGAAUCAAAUCGUUCAGGUGUUUUCUGGAAAAGCGAAAAUACGUUUUUUAGCUUUACCAUUUUAUCAGUUUUGGAGAGAAAUACUCGAUAUGAUCAGCAAGUGACACUUAAAGGAUCAGUACAGUCAAAACAAUGCACGAUUGAUCCAAUGAUAUCUCCAGACCUUCGCUGUGUCCUUAGUGAUGAGAGUCAAAUAAUCGACAACAGUUCUAAGACAACAAUAUUAUCGAUUAAAGGGCGAACCCCUGAAAAUAUGACGGACAUCUCUAUCGUACCCCAGGAUAAAGAUAAAAUAUACUUUGAAGAGGAUGAUGUUUUGCAGUUACAGUGUAUUGCGGAAGUAGAAAACAUAAAUGGCAUGAACAGUAAGGAUAUUCGAUGGUGCAAAAACGAAACCGGAAAAUUCCAAAAGUUGUCACUCCAACAUCCUCCUAUCACGAGCAUUGUGUCGAGGAGCAAGGAUGGGUGCAGUGUUGUUCAGAAAUCAGUCAUUUUCUAUCAUAUUUUACAAAAUGACACCGAUGUGGAUCUAAUGUGUGAGUCUGGGCACGGUUAUACGUGUGGAAAAAGUGGGAUCAACCUGACGCUAAGCAUACCGAUGGCUAAUACCAAUAAAGAUAUAUGGAGAGUUUCGCCAAUUGCCAUUCAUGAUAGAAAAUCUGUACUUAACAAAAAUCAUAUUAAAUUAAGCGGAGCUGGAAAAACCAUUUAUCUUCUCUGUACAGCCUCAACCCUUUUCCAGCAAGCAUCAUUUCAGAAUAAAGUGAAUUGGUGUUUUAAAAGACAAGUGAAUGAGACAUGGACAAAGAUUAGUCUACAAGAAAAGAAAUUGGAAGCAGUAUCGAAUUCCAGCGAAGGAACAACAAUUUUUAGUAGAAUAAAGUACCACAUCACAAAAUUAGACAGGGAAAUUGUCUUUUUGUGUGAAAUAUCUCGCUACUCUUUUUGUGGAUCGGGUCUGGCAUCCGCAACAACAAGCAUUUCAAUAGGUGGAAAGACGUUGACGAACGAAAUUGAUGAAGGUUUUAAAGAUGUUCAACUACAAAAACAGUUGGAACCUGAAUGUAGCAAAACUGGAGUAGCUGUCGUGUCUGUUAUAUUGGUUUCAAAUGUCAUUAUAACACUUCUUUUUCUGAUAGUGCUGUUCAGAAGAAAAGAGAUCAAGUUUCGGGGAUUUGUGCUAAGAAUUAACCGUGAAGAGAAAGUUUCGAUCGACGCAGCGGCAAAAACUAAAGCACUACCUGCAUCACAAGCAAUUAAAAAUCCAGAUAACAGGUAUGUCGAAAAAUCAUUUAGAAGUUGUUCACCUAAAAAGAAAGAAAAACGACCGCCUUCCAAAAAAGCUGGUACCGGAAAAAAAAUCAAAUCUGUGGACAAAUCUAAGAAACAUUGUGAGACACAGGAGUUAAAUAUUACAGCUGAGAGACAUGAUUUGUAUGAAAAUCAAAUAUUUCAACAGGAGGAAAACAUGGACACAUGUACAUACGAAGAAGUUGCAACGGGGCAUAACAAAUCAGAAUAUGAGUCUUUGAGAUUAUGAAGAAGAAAACCAAGUUGAAAAUACUUCUUUAAUAACUGCAAAGUAAACCUAUCCAAUCCGGUUUAAUAUAUAUGAUUUGGAGAGUUAAAUUACUUUUUUGCUGAUGCCAUUGAAUUUAUGUAUAAGGUUAUAAAAUAUUAUGGAAUAAUCUGCAAUAGGAAUAAAGUAAUUAUCAGAAGUUGUACAAUACAGAAAAGCAAUACUUUUUAACAGUUUCCUUAAGUUUUAAAGUGCGUUGUUGAUGUU